AUGGCAGUCUCCAAGCCCAGGUUCUCCGACAUGUCGACGCGCAAAUACGCGUUUUUGGUCGCUGUACUCGCCUCGGCCCGCGUUUCUACUGCGCAAAGUACAUUUGAUUGGGCCAAGCUCAAGCCCAGCACGGAUCUUUCUUGGGUGCCUUGUGACACUGGCUUCGAAUGCGCCCGCCUGUCUGUCCCGCUGGACUACUCCUCGCCCUCCGCUGGUACCGCGGCCAUCGCGGUCAUCCGUUUUCCUGCCCAGGUCGCUCCCACUGACCCGGCAUAUCGGGGGCCCAUCCUGUUCAACCCUGGCGGCCCAGGCGGGAGCGGGGUUCAGAGCCUCUCAGGGAUCGCGCCAGAGUUUGCGAGCAUUAUUGGUCCAAACUUCGAUUUUGUGAGUUUUGACCCGCGAGGCAAGUCUUCCUCACCCUUCAUCGGCGUCGGCGUUUCUACCCCAGCUGUAUCAUUCUUCAAGUCCGGAGUCGAAACUGCGCUGUGGGCGGCCGGCGAGCUGCCGCUCUCACUCAAUGCGUCCUCGGACUCGACAGCCCUUGCGCGGAUCUGGGGACAGGCGCAGAUUCAGGGCCAGGUUGCAGCCGCGAGAGAUUCUUCGGGCAUCCUGAAAUACCUCACAACGGACAACGUUGCGAGAGAUAUGCUCCUGAUAACGCAGAAGAUGGGCUUUGACAAGCUGAAAUAUUAUGGAGUCUCGUACGGGACCGUACUUGGUGCAACGUUUGCCGCACUUUUCCCGGAUAAAAUUGAGCGGAUGAUAUUGGAUGGAGUUCUCGAUGUAGACAGCUGGUUCGAUGUAGACAGCUGGUUCCAAGCGAACCUUACUAUUCAGUCCAGCUCCACUGAUGCUGCAUUGGAUACGUUUUUCGUCGGUUGCGCUGCUGCAGGUCCCUCUGCUUGCGCGUUUGCCCCUUCGUCAUCUAGCACACCCCAGGAGAUCUCCGACAGAUUGACUGCCCUUACCAACGCCAUCCGCAAACAACCGGUUCCAGUGGUCACACCUGCGGGCUACGCUCUGGUCGACUACUCAUUCCUCCGCGCGACUAUCUUCAACGUCUUAUAUACACCUUACGACUUGUUUUCUCUUCUUGCGGAGGCACUUGUCGACUUGGAAAAUGGGAAUGGCGCCAAGCUGUUUGCACCCCAGGCACAACCGCUUUUUCAAUGCGGCGACGAUACAAGCCUGGCGGAGUCAGAGGCCGGUGUGGGUGUGGCAGUCAUGUGUGGCGAUGCAGUGGAGGUAACGGAUACGUUAGACGAGCUCAAGGCGUUCUACGCCAAUGCAGCGAAAGUUUCCCAAUUCGCCGAGUUCUUGACCGGGAGGAGCCGGGUUACAUGCAGUGGGUGGAAAGUAUAUAGAGAAGAUCGAUUCAAAGGGCCAGCCAAAGCUGCAAAUACGAGCGCUCCGAUUUUGUUUGUGUCGAACACAGCUGAUCCAGUGACACCCAAGGCGGGGGCUCUUAAGACCCUUGCAAAUUUCCCUGGUUCGGUUUUGCUUACUCAAGACUCGCCCGGACAUACCUCGCUUGCCGCGACUUCCUUCUGCACGUUAGGCUACCUUGCCGAAUACAUGAUCAACGGAACCCUCCCUCCACCGGGAACAACGUGCUCUGUCGACGAAACGCUCUUCGGAGACAAUUCUAAUACGAACAUUAUUAAUGGGCAGGCCGGUGGAGGGACGUCGCCCCGUGCGGUUGCGGUCGCACAGAACGAAGGUCUGCGGGAUGCAGUCAAGAAGGCUCGGGAGGCGUUACGGCCAGGGUUCAAUCGCAAGAUAUUCUAG